GGCGGCUCCGGGUCCCUCCGCCCAGGCCGGGCCGGGCCGGGCCCGCGAUGCAGCCGGCGCGGCCCCGCUGAGGGAGGCCCGCCGCCCGGGGAGCCAGCAUGCGGAGCGGCGAGGAGCUGGACGGCUUCGAGGGCGAGGCCUCGAGCACCUCCAUGAUCUCGGGGGCCAGCAGCCCCUACCAGCCCACCACGGAGCCCGUGAGCCAGCGCCGCGGGCUGGGCGGCCUCCGCUGCCACCCCGACUACCUGCGCCGCGCCCCGGGCCGCCUCAAGCUGGCCCAAGUGGUUUUGGCACUGAUUGCAUUCAUCUGCAUAGAGACUAUCAUGGAAUGUUCCCCAUGUGAAGGGCUCUAUUUCUUUGAAUUUGUGAGCUGUAGUGCGUUUGUAAUUACUGGAGUUUUGCUGCUUAUGUUCAGUCUCAAUCUUCACACAAGGAUACCACAGAUCAACUGGAAUAUUACAGAUUUGGUCAACACUGGACUCAGCACCUUCUUCUUCUUUAUUGCCUCUAUAGUACUUGCUGCUUUGAACCAUAAAGCUGGAGCAGAAAUUGCUGCUGUGGUUUUUGGCUUCUUGGCGACAGCAGCGUAUGCUGCAAAUACCUUCUUAGCUGUGCAGAAAUGGAGAAUGAACAUUCGACAGCAGAGCACCAACGAAUACAUUCGUGCACGGACAGAAUCACGAGAAGUGGAUAGCCGUCCUGAGAUACAGCGUUUAGAUACAUGAGAAGGAGCAUCUGAGGAGGACUGAGGUGGAGAGAGAAGUCACCAACAAAGAAAACUUUCUCCUCUCUCCUCCCUGUCCUGAUUUCCUCCCCAAGCUCCCACCAUCAUUUCUUAUUAUUUCAUCAUAUCAAACUUUCAUACAACUUUUCAUUUUAUCCUUCUUAACAAAACAGCUGGCGUUGGCAAAGAGCAUUCACAGCAACAUCAUGAAGGAGCUUCGCUUACUCCAUCAGAUGUCCCAUCUGCAAACCCAGAGAUCUAAAUAGCUCUCUGUUCAGAUGGAAGUAGUCUGGAGGGGCCACAGUAUUGUGGUGGCUGUUUUUUCCACUUUUAACCCUAAUUCUGUGUAAAGGCUGCAUGUGGUUCCAUUAUGAACUAGCAUUCAGUCAGAUAUAUCUUCAUGACAAGGUCAGGAGUUUGAGGGCAGGUGAAAAAUGUAACUCAAGUUUAGGUUAAAUGUGAUUACGUAGAAAAUAAGGGGUGAAUGACACCAGUUUAGGUCAGUUAACAGUCUUCAUGGGGUGCCCACUAUGGACCAAGAGCUAUUGUAGUUGAUCACAGCCCAUGCCAAUGUUUGACUCCCAAAAUAAGCCCUCAAUUCUUGUCCUUUAUUUUUGUGGCCUGUGGAUAGCUGAGACAAAUUGUGAAGCAAAUUAUGGAACUGAAAACUUUGGUAGCAUGGACAGAAGUCAGCCAGAGUCUGUUGGCUUUGGACCUUACAGAUAUGAACACUGGCAACAUCAUGGGGAUAAAAAGCACCUAGCAGUUAAGACAAUGACGUCUGUAUUGGGAGGGCUACGUUUUAUUUCUGGCCAUGACAGAAAGUUACUGUGCCAUUUCCCAUAAACAACUAUCUUGAGUCUGAGUGGGGUACACAGUUCCUACAUUCCUACCUAGCCCUGAAUUCUGUGAGGUGAAUUCGGAGAAUUUUUAUAUGAAUUCAUAAUACAGUUCCCCUGGCCAAAUUCAUAAUGCAGUCCCAUAGCCAUCACCACUAUGUCCUAGUAGGGACCAGAGGUGGGAUGUUUGGGAUUUCUUUGUAUGUGUAUACACACACACACUACGUACAUAUAUGUCAAUCUCUACACCAUACCAGAAUCAGUUCUUUGCCUGUGUGUUAUUCCCAAAAAGGUCUUUCAGGUUAUAGGAGUAUAUGGUGGUACUGGAACAAACUUCUACAUAUGAUAAAGUAUAUUUUCUUUUGAUCACAAGUAUUAUGCAUGACUGAUCGACCAAAUCUGGUUGAAGAAAAGCUUCCAUUCAUCCAGAAAGACUUGAGGGUAUCACAGUUAAUUUAAUGCUCAAAUUUAAAUGGGGAUUUCUCUAAUAUACCAUGCCUUUUCAACACUGCAGGGAUCCAUGAUUUUGCAUCUGUGUGGGUCCUGCCUCCAUUGAUUGCAAAUUGCAACCCGUCCUAUGCCUUGACCUAAGUCUUCAUGAGUUUUUGUGGCUGAAAAAAAUUCAUUUCCUUGUGGUCUUCCUUCUGGUGAUGAGUCUUUCUCUGUCUGCUUCAUUGGACUGAUUCUCAGACAGCAGAUGUACAGCCUGACUCUGAGCCUGACAGUCAGAAUCAAAAAGAUUUUGAUUUGCUGUAGAACCUGCCAAAUUGGUCUCUGCUUGCUUAGAUUUGAAGAGCCCAGGUUUGCCUCCACACCACGAGGAGUAAUCAUUAUACUAGGACUUAGUAGGAGUUUACUGUACAUAGAUUGUCAAUUCCCAAAGAAUUAAGUAUGGUAAGAUGAGUCACUAAGACUAUAUUAACCAUAAUAUAUUCACUCUUUCAUUCAUCAAAUAUUUAUUAAUUUUACUGCACUGUGCUUUGCACUUGGGGAGAUAGAAAGAUGCAUUCUUUGCCCAAAAGGAUAUUCUUUCUUUGAUUUGAAAGUCACUCUAGUUUAUCACAGGCCUCAGAUUCUUUGUUAUGAAGAGAAGUUACUGUCAUACCAUACUGUCAGAAAGUUCUAUUUAAGUUUUCUUUGUUGUUUAGAUUCUGGAAUUUAUAGAGAGAAGUUGAUGCGCAAUGUAUUAGGUCUUCUCUUGAAGAUUAUAUCUGUGGAGUGGGGGGAAAACACCAUUUAGUUUACUGGAUUGUCAUAGUUUAGACUGAUUUAAAUGUGUAUAAAUCUCCCUCUAGCUUGACAUUUGGUAUUUGCCAAGGAAAAGAACAUUUACUGCUGGUCAGAGAAUCUGAAUUUUUCACUCAAAUGUGGGUAUCUCUAGCAUUCAUUUACUGAAAGAUUUAGUGCACAGCUUCGACUGUGUACUAUGUGUUAGCAGAUGUAUGGCUGCACACUCACCUGUGUACCUGCAUGAUUUAAAUGCAUUUCAUUCACUGCAUAUUUUACUUAGUAUGACUUUAUUGUGUGAGAUUGAUAACAGUACCCAUUUUGGGCAUAUGAAAUACCAAGUCUAGUUUUCCUGUAUUUAAAAGUAUGUGAACUUAAUGUUAACUUUCAGAGCCUCAUAUGCCAUUUUAACUUCAGUUGUGAUGUUCCAUUAUUAAGUAAGCAUUUAUUGUGCAUUCUGUGCUUAGGUGGCACAUACAAUAUCUCCAAAUUAUUGCAUCUAACCUUGGGGAGAAUUGUGUCGUCUUCCACACCUGAAAGAACCCUUGGUAUCUCCACUCUUCUGUUCCACAGAUUGCUUUCACUUUCACUGCAAACAUGCAUAGAAUGCAACUAGUGAUUGUACUCCCAUGUGCUUAAGUGCUCUAUUGGGUUGUUUUGUUUUAAACUUUUAAAAGAACAGAAACAUGCCUCUUAUCCAUUACUUAGCUUAGAAUUCAUUUAAAAGAAGGACCAUUCCAACCUGUUGCUUUUCAUUAAUUAUGGUUUAUUUUCAAGUUUCUUCUACCAAGUAUGUAUUUUGAAAUCAAAUAUAGAGACGGCCAGACAGAAUGAUUACUAGAAUUUUCUCAAGUGAUCUGAAAAUAUAGAGUUUACCAUUAGGAAAAACAAGAUGAUUGCGCUAAUGCCCCUUUCUUAUUAUAUUUGAGGAAGAGAGAGAGUUGAUUGUGAGUGAAGUAAAUUGCAAAUAGAGUGUAGAUACAUUACAAACAUGAACAGUCCAUGGAAAAUCUUAAUCUUUUGAUAGGUCACAGAGUUAGAAAUUAUUACGUAUAUAAAUGUAUACCAGUGACAGAAUUUUUAGAAGUAUUUAUUUUCUUACAAUUAUUUCUAAAUCCUUUUUGCCAUGGAAAGAACAACAUGGUUUUGUGUGUGUAUCUCCUUGUAAUUGGCUAGUGAACAGAAAGAAAAUAAAAUACAUUUUAAACAUGGCAUAAUAUAUAAUCACAUAAUUUAAAUAUGGAACAUGUGGUCAAUAAAGUAGGUCUAGUCUGGGGUGAAGGUAACACACUAGUGUUUCUUCCGUUAUAAUUCUUGUAAACAGACAGUGAAGGCCAUGCGUAAAUUUGAAACUGAAAAUGAAUUAUUUUGUUGGUUAAAUUCCAGUUUCUGAAUAAAUCAUAAUUUUAAUAAUGAUACCUACUUAAAUGUAUUAUUUCCCAUAAAUCAUAGACUGAACAUAUUUUUGUUGUAGUUUCAGGUGUUAAACAUUUGAAGGGAACUUUGGUCAUGCUUUUCUGUCUCUUAAGGUGGCCAGUGUGGCAUCAGAACAUAAGCUGAAUUUUAAUAGCCUGCUGUUUCUUUAAUAACUUGUCGGUUGCUGCAGAUUAAGCAGCAUACUGGCGUUCUGUAUGUAGGACUUCUCAUGGUUUGAGAAGUGGUAAAACUGUGGUUUGGGCAUUGGAGAUGUCAUUCAUAAAAGUGCUUUUAUUUUCAUGGCAAAAAUGGAAGAGACACUUUUGCCUCACCUGAAUGAUAUAUUCUUCAGGUUCUUUCCCCUCUCUAAAUCAACAUUGUUCAAGCGUGCCUAACUUUUCCUCUUGGUAUUUCUUUAGACUGUUGCAAGAUGAGAAGAAUGGCCCUUCUCUUUUUGGUCUGGAGACAUCAUAGUCUCACAAACAUAUUGGACUGUUCCUGGCUCCAGAUAAAGAUAGGAAAAGACAAAGUUAAAUGAAAAAAAAAUUUUUUUUAAACUGCAACAGGAAAGCCUCUGCUGUCUGAAAGAACUGUGCACAGACUGAGCUGUGGGAUAGGUUGCCGUCUGUAUUGGUUGAUGGCGCAUCUGCACCCAAAAGAUCUCUGUUCUUGGGAACUCUCUUCUUGGGAAGACAUGAGGUUCCCACACCCAAACAUCCACUUCACUAUGGAUUUGUUCAGUUUAGAUCUGAUUGACCUAGAAGAAUUCUAGAAGAGACCGACAAUCUGACCCUUGCUAAUGCCCGUCCUUCCUUGGCCACUUCUGUUGUCUCUCUUCCUAGUGAUGUUUUUCCUUCCCUAAACUGAUGCCUGUUUGCCUCUCUGUGUUAGACUCUCCAUAGGAUGCUUUGAGUAUGACUUUUCUUGGUUCAUUUAGGAUCUGUUUCAUGGUCUUGGAGACUGGGGUUUCAUUCUGUCUUCCUGUGUGAUUCAGACUUAGGUUGAACCACAGAUGGUCUCUGUGGAGAUGAAGCAUGAAGUGUUUUGUCUGCACAAAUAUGUGAAGUCUCAUUUGCAAUGAAUCAGCUGUAAAGAAGGGAACUGUUUAGUUCUUUUUUUUUUUUAAUUGUUUUUUUGAGCUUUGAAUAACUGCUAAGUCUUGCAUGAAUAGGAUUUCUAUAUACUCUGGUACAGUAGAGUCUAAAGCUGUAGUUUUGUUGAAGAAGGAUCUUUAGAUCUCCAUAUUUUCUAGGAGGGUAGAUCAAAGUUGCUCAUCCCAAGUUGAGGCAGAGUUUCCAUUAUUAGCUCUAUGAUUUGUCUCAGCAGCAGAAUAGAAAAUGUGUGUAACUUUGGCCCUAUUUUGAUAACUUUCCACCUGGCAACGUCAUUUUGCAUUUCUCCUUCUCUUGAAAUUAAACUGUUGAGUUGUGGCAGCUGCUGCAGCAGGAUCGUCUAAAAGAAAGAAAAUGACAUGCACCAGGCCAGCUCAGUAGGUAGAAGAGGUAGCCAGUGACAGGGGUUGAUUGGUAAUCAGUACUCAGGAGCAGGACUAAGUGGAAUUCCUUCAGGACUCUUGGUAGUCCUUUUGGUCUAUUUGUUGGUAGCACUUGUUCGGUGCUAGGACCUGGACAUCUUAAUGUGACUUUCUGCUGUUUGAAAGUCUCAUU